AUGACUUCUUUGAAAAAAGAAAAGGAACCGAAACAGUUCAAUGAUUUUCUGCGCACUCUAUGUGUAUUCUGCCAGGAGAAAGCCCUCAGCAGUUUCUGUGAAUUUCUUGCAUCCAAAGAGCUCACCUUGAUUUCAAAGACAGAAGCUAUAGACAGUGAAGUUACGGAUGAUGAAGCUAGGAAUUUUCUGGUCAGAUCAGAGCCAAAGUUGGAAUGA